AGGACAGGAGUGAAUGGGCUGGGCGGGGCGCACAGCGGCAGCGGCAGCAGCAGAGAGUCUGAGCUCCAACAUCCUGUCUGCUGAAGCCCCCUCCUCCUUUACGUUUACCGAAGACCCAACAGCCCUUUCCACAUGUGUUUGAAUGCAUUUCCCUUAAAAACGAGAAAGUGUCGAGAGGCCGAAGCAAACACCGAUUUACCAGCGAGCUUCUCGUUUGUUCUUCAGUUCCUGCGCGCCAGCAAAUCGGGAAAACUGCUCGGUGUUGCUGGAGGCAAGGCUCGGGGAGGAGGCUGAACUUCGCGACACGAUGACCGAAAAGGACACAGGAACAGAAAACAUAAUAACUGAUGAGAUGGCGAAUCCUUUGUCAAAGAGUGGAGGCGACCCGGGAAUCACCCCUCUAUCGCCGUCACAUAUCCAGCAAAGUGACACGGACCAGGUGCAGUCCGGACCGUCCUUUGUGGUGGUGGUCGCCAUCGACUUCGGCACGACGUCCAGCGGUUAUGCUUACGCUUUCACAAAGGAGCCUGAGUGCAUUCACACCAUGAGGCGCUGGGAGGGCGGAGACCCUGGUGUUUCCAAUCAGAAGACUCCAACCACCAUCCUGCUGACUCCAGACAGAAAGUUUCACAGCUUCGGAUACGCAGCCCGUGAUUUCUACCACGACCUGGAUCCUAGCGAGUCCAAACACUGGCUGUACCUGGAGAAAUUCAAAAUGAAGCUUCACACCACUGCAAAUCUGUCCAUUGACACUGAGAUCCACGCGGCAAAUGGAAAGCGAGUUAAAGCCCUGGACAUCUUUGCCUAUGCGCUGGCAUUCUUUAAGGAGCAAGCAUUAAAGGAGCUCAGUGAUCAAACCGGCAGUGAAUUUGACAACAGCAAUGUGAGAUGGGUAAUCACAGUACCAGCAAUCUGGAAAAUGCCUGCAAAGCAGUUCAUGAGGGAAGCAGCUUAUAAGUCUGCUCUGGUGUCACGUGAAAACCCAGAACAGCUGAUCAUUGCUCUGGAGCCCGAGGCCGCCUCCAUCUAUUGUCGUAAGCUGCGCCUCCAUCAGAUGGUGGACCUGGGCACACAAACCACCCAGAACGGCUUCAGCCCCAACGAUAAUGUGGGGAGUGGAAUGACCCAAGUGUCUCCAGCUAAGGAGCAUGCACGGCGCAACCGACAGAGCCGCACCUUUUUGGUGGAAAAUGUCAUAGGGGAGCUUUGGUCGGAGCUGGAAGAAGGUGACCGUUAUGUGGUAAUGGACUGUGGGGGAGGAACAGUGGACCUGACUGUCCAUCAAAUCCGUCUUCCAGAAGGACAUCUAAAAGAACUCUACAAGGCCUCGGGUGGACCUUAUGGCUCUAUCGGGGUUGAUUAUGAGUUUGAGAAGUUGCUGUGUAAGAUCUUUGGCCAGGAUUUCAUCGACCAGUUUAAAAUUAAGAGGCCAGCCGCCUGGGUGGACCUGAUGAUUGCAUUUGAGUCUCGGAAGAGAGCGGCGGCUCCUGAGAGGACCAACCCUCUCAACAUCAACCUGCCUUUCUCCUUCAUCGACUACUACAAGAAGUUCCGGGGUCACAGCGUCGACCACGCUCUGCGCAAAAGCAAUGUGGACUUUGUUAAAUGGUCAUCUCAAGGGAUGCUGAGGAUGAGUCCAGAUGCAAUGAAUACCCUCUUCAAACCGACCAUAGACCACAUCAUCCAACAUCUCACUGAACUCUUUGAGAAGCCAGAAGUUAGCGACAUUAAGUUCCUGUUCCUGGUUGGAGGUUUUGCUGAGUCCGCCCUGCUGCAGCAGGCUGUCCAGAACAUGCUUCAGGGCCGCUCCAGAAUCAUCAUCCCGCACGACGUUGGUCUAACCAUCCUGAAAGGUGCUGUGCUGUUUGGCCUGGACCCCAGUGUCAUUAAAGUGCGUCGUGCACCCCUGACAUACGGGGUAGGUGUCCUUAAUCGAUUCGUGGAGGGCAAGCACCCGCCGGAGAAACUGCUGAUAAAGGACGGAACCCGCUGGUGCACAGACGUCUUCGACACUUUCAUUGCUGCUGACCAAUCUGUGGCACUGGGUGAGAUGGUGAAGCGCAGCUACACGCCAGCCAAGCCUUCCCAACAGGUUAUAGUUAUCCAUGUUUAUUGCUCAGAGAAGGAGAGCGCAGGGUUUAUCAGCGAGCCCGGGGUCAGGAAGUGUGGGACGCUUCGCUUAGAUGUCAGUGGAACAGAAAGUUCAGCCCCACGCCGUGAGAUCCAGACCCUCAUGCAGUUCGGUGACACAGAGAUUCGAGCCAUGGCUAUAGACGUGUCCACAGGACGCACCGUCAAAGCUAGCAUCGACUUCCUAAGCCACUAAUGCUCGUACGACAGCCUAGCUUCCAGAAUCCCCAGAAGCAGUAGUCAUGAAAAUACAGCUUCCACAUAACAACUAUGAAUAGUACUAGAAAUUUGCAAAGUAUAAAAUUCCAGGCUCAGAUACGUUUGGUUGAAGAAUGUUGAUAGGCUUUGACAUGAUACCUCCCAAAGUGUUGGACUGUAGCUUUUAUGGUAAAGGGAUCAAAUAGAAAGUUUGCUUCAGCUGUCGCUGGUUCCCAUGUUUUCACUUUGUUUACUGAGGAGCUCUGUUCUGCUGAAAGGCUUAAAGCAAACACUGUUCUGAGAGCAGGAGCUCUGCGUUGUCAGGUCUAAAAGGGAACACCGUCAAUACUUGUCCAGUUCUGAUUUCUGUUCUCUGAAUACUUAGUCAUUAGUACUAUUGCACGUUAUCUCGCAGUGCACUGCAGAGGCGAUCCACACACAAAUCAUAACCUUCACACAGAACUCCUAUUCACACACGUUUUAUUUGCUCCAAAUUCCCCAGAACGCUGCACACGUAGGCGCUCCCAGGUAUCGGAACGGCUGACGUUCCUCAUCAUAACGUUCCUCUAAAUUAAGAUUGAUGCUUUUUUUUUUUUUUUUUUUUUUUACAGUAUCUCAGUCCAGUGUUCAAGGCACGUUGUGCAAAAAAAAAAAAAAAAAAAACUACUGUAGAUCAGUUUGAUAACUUGCCAAACUUUGAACAGUAUUUGCUUUCCGCUCACCCCCAACGGAAAGGGGUGAGUGGAAUCCUUGGUAUCCGUAACGAUUGUUAAGGAUACCAAGACCUUGCUAUCAUUUAGCAUCAGGUGCAUUUAGCAUAAACAAAUUUUCAUCUUUUUCCAAGUGUGAUUCAAUCCAUGUAAGACUAUAUAGUGCAAGUAACAAUUAUCCCAAGUCAUUUCCAGGGAAUGUCAAUGAAAGCAGCAGUUUUUUCAGAUAGCUUUGGAUUAGAAUGGCUCCUCAAUCUGUCUUCAUGGAGUCAGAGUCCUAAAGCUAAAUUAAUAAUUAGCCUUAAAUGAAUUAUGUUAGUGUCUGCAAUUAUCUUGUUCUUAAAAGUUACCCUUUUACCAACGGUCUACUCAUGUAGCCCCUAUUCAAAGUGGAGACGUUUGAAACACAACAUUUAGUCCGAUCUUCUUGAAAAAACUUUUUUUUUUUUUUCCAGACUAAGCAGAACGAUGCUGGAAACGCUGACACCUGACAGAUUCAAGUCAUUUCUUUCAAAACACUUCCUCAUUUCAGCACAACGUCCGCCGGGAUUUACAUCCAUAUUGUUGGGAAAAUAUGGAACGGAUUUUCAGCCUGGUUCGUUUUCAGCCAGCGUACGUAAAAUGAGUUCCUCAGAAUGCUGAUGUCAGUGUCAAUUUUCUUUCUAUAUUAACCAACUAUUAGCCACUAUUAAUCAAUUAAGUAUUCCUAUCUAAGAGGAAAUAGACAGAGCUUUCACUAACCUUGUUGUAUUGAACCCAGCAGCAAGCAGCUACAGUUUACUGUUUGGGAGAAAAAAAAUGUUAGUGACCUAAAUAACCAGACGGAACAAAGUUGCAGAAUUAUGACUCAUAUGUAUAUUUACUUUCAUCUGGACCAGUUUCACUGCAAAUAGUUUAAUAUUUAGUCAAUUCCAAAACUAGGUUAAUAAAAUUGAUGUUGAUCGUUGCAGACAUAUUUUGCACAUGAAUCAGCCAUCUGCUUUUUGGCUCCCUACCUGUGUUUGCAGGAUUGUUGUGACCUUGACUAUUUACCUUAGUUCACGUUCCUCUACUUUGGAUUACUCUUUUGAACACAACAGAUCGAAUUCAACGGAGCGCUGCUUUAUGUGAGGAGAAAUAAACUCGAAAGGGAAAUUGCAAACUGCUCCAAAGUCGAUCUGAAACGCAAGAACAGCCUUGACUGACCCUCUCUUUUUUUUUUUUCUUUUUUUUUUCUUUUUUUGCGAACAGUGAGCAGCUUUUGGACGCAGCGCUUCCUGCUUGGCAGGGCUUUGAUUCAGGUAGAACUGGGAAUAAAAACGUGCAGGCCAGAUCAUAAUAAUCACUUUUACUUCUAGAAAUACACUAUUUAAAUAUUGUACAGAUUCUUCUAAUGCUGUCAGAGCAGCUUUUGAAAUAAGAGUGCGUGCAUGUGUGAGAAUGAGUGCGUGUGUGCAGCCAAAAAUGUUUUCCUCCCCUCUUAUGCUCGUGUGACCAGUGCGGAUUUCUGUUCGUAUCACAUUUGAAAUGUGACCUUGAGCUCUGCAAACAUAAACAAAACUUGGAAACUUGAAUUGUUUAAAAUUAUGGCAAUGAACAAAUCUGUUUCCGCAUAGUAAAAUAAGGCUAUUUUUUAUUUAUUUAUUUUUUUUGGCUGUGCAAGUUUAUAAAAAAAAAGAAUCAUCAUGACAUUUUGCAUUUACAAGCUACGGAGCCAACUCAGAAAACGUCCAAAUAGUUUGGAUGUAUUUUUUCUUUCUUUCCUUCUUACGGAAAGUUUCUGUUUAUAUCAUAGGUAUGUGGUGCAUUUCUGUCCUACAAAAAAAAAAAAAAGAUUUAAAACUUCCGAUAUUUCACAACGAGAUAUUAACAUACAUGAAAAAACUUUAUGAAAACCUUAUAUUACAUUAAAAAGUGCCAUGGGAACUGUAAGAAUGGCUUACAGGUUUCAAUUUUACCGCAUGAACUGAUGAGCAGAUUAUUCUGAGAGAACGCAAAAGAAAAAGAAAAAAUCCUCCACGUCCCCUGGAGGCCUCCGUAGAUGUGCAUCAUGUUAGAGGAAAUAUUUUUUUUGAUCCAGUUUCUUCUUUUAUGGUACUGAUUCACAUUUGGAUCUCCACUUUGUCGUGGAUUUUUAUACAGACUUCAUUCACAACAGUUAGCAGGCCCAGUGUCUGAGCUUUGGUGGUAAUAACAACAUGUUGUCUUGACAACACAACCAUGUUUUCAUGAAGUUUUCACAGCCUGUAUCUAAACUUCCAAAACUCCUCCUCAGACAGAGCGUUAGGGUGGAUUCUUUGCACAUAAGAGAGACGUGACUGUAGAAUAAACCACAGCAUUUGCACACAAGCAUCAUUGGGGAGAGUUUUGUCUAUUGAGGCAACAAAUCUUAUUUCUAGAUGGAAAGAAAUGUGCAUUCUUAAUUUGAAGUAAAAUUAGCAAAUCAUUUGUGUGUUAUGACAUUCUUUUGACACUCCUAAAUAAUCAAAUUUCAUGGAGCUGUUAGUCUGCUUGUUUUUCUUGUAAAAGGACUGAGGCGUCAUAAGCAAUAACGUCUUAUGCAAACUUCUCCAGAUCUUUUUUCUUUUUUUUUUCCAGAGGACUUUCUCCAAGUCAAACAUGAUAUUUGGAAAAUGUUAGGACAGAAAAUGCAGAGUAUCAUUUUACCUUCUGGUCCAUACACUUAGCUUAGAAAACCAAUGUGACUUAAAGACAAAGUCUGCACUCAUCACUGACAUCUUUAUCUCCUUCUAUCACGUAAGCACCGCCAGCUUAAUUUAAUCAAACGUUGUUGUUUUUUUUAAUCAAAUCAAACAUUUCUUUUCGUUCCCAUUGUGCUGUUUGCCUCUGAACAGCAUGCUAUAUCUAUGUGCCUUUAUGCUGCUAAUAUUGCUGUUUUUCACAGAGCCUCUCCCUAAAUACAUAUUUCGUUCCGUUUCAUAAUGUCGCUCCAAAUCAGAACAAAACGUCAUCCCAGGGUCUCUUUCCAAGGCGUCUUCCAUUCAACUCAAUCGGUUUUAAACCCAAUUUAUCCGACUGGAACACAAGCGAUUGUCACUGCAUGCUGGUCCAGGAGGAAUGAAUGCUGCAAAACAAUGACUCAAUGCAAUUUGAUGGGUUUCUUAAGACACUUUUUAGACUGAUUUGAAGAAUUAACUGAAUUUAACGCACUGUUUUAUAACUAUGAUUCAUUUGAUUUGAUGUGUGAUUGAAUUGAAGGGAUUUUCUUUGUAAAGUGCCUCGAGGCAACGUUUGUCGUGAAUUGGCUCUACAUGAAUGAAGUGAACCGAACAGAACUGAGUUCAGGUCAUUUCGAGGGAGAACAGAAUAUGUUAGCUAGUGCCACAACUUUUGCUUUUCUAAUCUAACAAUAGAUGUUUCACAGACGUACUUGUCAGAGUAGUGUUUGAUUUAUGGCGAUGUUUGACAAAGGAAUUAAAUGCAGGGAAGAAAUUAGCAGUGAAACACUGUGUGACCACUUUUGAUACCACUGAUUUUCUCCUUUUAGAUUUCAGUACAAUAUUUUAAAUUAUUCUCUGAUUUUUCUGGUUCUUUUUUAUGCCACAGCAGAUAGAACUGUAUAUGUUAAUUUUAGAACUUAUACAUACUUUUGAUUUAUUUCAGGUUAUAGAACUGCAAUAGGAAAUUCAGUUUCAGUAGGGAAGACAUCCGUAAUUCCUUGAGACAUGGUAGGACAAACACACACGCAACAUAUAUAAAUAUAUAUAUAUAUAUAUAUAUAUAUAUAUAU